AACUGUAUUUACCUCCGCACAGCUGCCGGCAGUGAAAUGCUGCAAAAACUACAACCAGAGCUAGCUGCCUAUGCUACCGCAUCAGAUGUACCUGAGAAAGUGGCCGUUGGCGAAAUAGUGUGUGUACUUCACCCAAAGGAUCACACGUGGCAGCGUGCAAGAAUUGUUGGAACAGCUGAGGACAUGUUCAGCCUGUUUUUUGUUGAUACCGGUGCCACGGGGACCCAGGCGAAGCUUCACUUGCGUUCGUUGCCUCUUGACAGAGACUGCAUCUUCCCAGCCCCAGCGCUGGCCCUCAGACCACAGCUUGAUGGUGUUAAGCUACUGAGCGAUGCUCUAGUGUCUCCGCUCAAAGAGGCAGUUGUUUUUGUUGAAAGAGUGGAAACUGAUGAUAAGCCUACCCCCUCGCCAAGUGUGCGCAUCUUCAGCAAGUCUGGGGAAUGCAUUACGGACCUUUUGCGCACUCUGGUCGCGAGGCGGGCACCAAAGAAGACCUUUUCGGAAAGGCCUCUACCUGACGGACGUACCAAGGCCAUCAUUACGCAUAUUACCGUCCCUGGUGGGCUGUUCUAUCUGCAGCAGUCCAGCCUGAGUCCUGAAUUGCAGACCAUGAUGACUGAGCUGAAUAGCUCAGUUCCAAACACACCGCUACCUUCGCCAGCACCUGGCGAUGCAGUUUGUGCACGCUAUGCUGCCGACGGACUCUGGUAUCGGGCAGCAGUGCUUUCUGUGCCUCAGGAUGGCAAGUGUGAGGUGUCAUUUGUGGACUUUGGCAAUGACGACUUCGUGCCAGUCGGUGACAUCAGGCCCCUUGCUGAGAAGUUCAAGAGCAUACAAGUCAUCGCCAACUGUGUUACGCUGCAGGGCGUCAAGUCGGUAGCCGAAGAGUGUGUGGCUCACUUGCUCAACGUUGAGGUUGAGCUUGAAGUUGUGGAUGCAUCAAGCCAGCCCUGCCAGGCAAAGAUUUAUGCAGAGGAUCAGUGCCUCAAUGGCCUGAUUGAAUGAAGCCGAGAGCAGUAACUCGGAGGACGUUAAGUUUUGUUUGCUUUGUAAUUAGUCCAACAAAAGCAAUGUUUUCCGUUCCUAAAAGUACAAAUAAACUUUUUGGAGUGUUCCAA